AUGAAGACUUUCUUAAUUUUCGCACUCUUUGCUCUAGCCGCUUCGGCUUACGCCUUGGAGGAAUCCGAGCGCAUCAAUGGCGAGAACGGCUGGUACGUUCCCCAGCAGGACGGCUCCCUCGAGUGGGUGGACAAGGACGUGGCUGAGGAGUGGAUGGAGGCCCAGGAGAAGCUGGAGGCUCGUGGCCUGACCACCGUUCCUGUGAACUUCUACCUGUACACCCCUUCGAACCCCACGAAGAGCAAGCACAUCUAUGCCACCACCAAGUCCAUCAGUGCCUCCAACUUCAACGCUGCCCACCCGACCCGCAUCGUGAUCCACGGCUGGACCCAGAGCUACCUGAACAGCAUGAACACCGACAUCCGCAAGGCGUGGCUCUCCAAGGGAGACUACAACGUGAUCAUCGUGGACUGGGCCCGUGCCCGUUCCGUGGACUACGCCACCUCCGUCAUGGCUGUGGCCUCCACCGGUAAGAAGGUGGCCAACAUGAUCAACUUCUUGCACUCCAACUACGGCAUGUCCCUGGAUUCCCUGUAUGUGAUUGGCCACAGUCUGGGAGCCCAUGUUGCUGGAUACGCCGGCAAGAACACCAACGGCCAGGUGCACACCAUUGUGGGUCUGGACCCCGCCCUUCCCCUCUUUAGCUACAACAAGCCCAACAAGCGCCUGAAUGCCGACGAUGCCUGGUACGUGGAGUCCAUCCAGACCAACGGAGGAACCCUGGGAUUCUUGAAGCCCAUCGGCAAGGGAGCCUUCUACCCCAACGGCGGCAAGACUCAGCCCGGAUGCCCCCUGGAUGUGACUGGCGCCUGCUCCCACGGACGCUCCACCACCUACUACGCCGAGGCCGUCUCCGAGGACAACUUUGGAACCAUCAAGUGCGGAGAUUACGAGGCUGCCGUCUCCAAGGAGUGCGGAAGCACCUACAGCAGUGUUCGCAUGGGAGCUGACACCAAUGCCUACAUGGUCGAUGGUGACUUCUAUGUGCCCGUCAACAGCAAGGCUCCUUUCGGCAUGAUUAACUGAUCGAAAAAUAAUAAACAAUAAUGCUCA